AUGGAUUCAGGCAGCUUACCGCCAGACGCGGUGCGGGUCCUGCUCACCGGCUUUGGCCCUUCCUUUUUGUAUGAUGAGAAUCCGUCAUGGCUCGCGGCGAAGCCCCUCAACGACCAUGCCUUCCCCCUCCCACCCACUCCCGACCUCAACCCGCACCUCCCGAAACCUGUUCCGUUCGACCGCCCCCGUCUCGUCCAUAUCACCUCCGUCUGUCUUCCAGCAACGUACCAGGCCGUCCUCGACAUCGCACCCGGUUUUCACGCCCAGCCGCCCAUACUCCCUCCAGACGAAGACCCGGCCCAUCGAUGCGAACCCCCGCCGGACGACGGCUACGACUUUAUCUUCCAUCUCGGUCAAGCCGGACGCGGCGUCCUCCGUCUCGAACGCGUCGCGCAUAGGACUGGAUAUAGGCUGAAGGACAAGUUGGGAGAGCAUGCGCCGUUGUGCGAGACCCAUAUGGAGCACAUUCCCGAACCGCCGAAGAGGGGGUUCGACAAGGGCUACGACAACUUUGCGGACGACAUACACACCGCCAUCCAUGUAGAGAAACUCGUGUCGGACAUGAAGCUCGAAGACAUACCCUACAUGUACUCCUCCCUCGACGCAGGCCACCACGUAUCCGACUUUCUCUACUACUGCUCCCUCGCCGAAGCCAAACGCGCCGCACAACGACCAGAAAAACCAAAGCAGACAAAAGUCCUCUUCAUGCACUGUCCGCCCGUCGGAAACCCACUUACGACCGACCAAGUCAUCACCGCCGUGAAAAAGAUCGUAGAAUGGGUCGCGAAGGAGGAGAUUCUCAGUCCUGAUCCUCCCGAGCCGCCGAGAGUCGAGUUUGUGGUGAGAGAGGGCGGAAGGAGGGAUGGCGGCACUGGUGGUGGCGGUCCUCCUGGUUCUGGUGGUCCACCACCACCGCCUGCGGGAGGUGGGCCGUCGCAUUCUUGA